UAGAGUGCCGAAGUGUGACGUCAUGUUACCAUGGUAGCAUUUUUGCUGGAUCUAAACACUAUUUGGCGUCUUUCGUUACAUCUCAUCAUAAAAUGGGCCAAUGCUUCGUUCCCGACUGCAAUCAUCAGUCAGAAAGUCACAAUUGCAGCUUUUACCGUUUCCCCAAAGAUCCUGCUCAAAGAAGAAAAUGGAUUUCUCUAAUAAGACGAGCUGAUCGUGAACCUGGCAAAGGCGCUCGAGUUUGUAGUUGUCAUUUCCGAGGAAGUAAAGAAGAAGGCCCCGAGGUCUUUUCCUGGAAUAAAGACAAACUAUUUGAAUCUCGAAAUGCUCCAAAAAGGAAAAAGCAAAGAACUGAAGUCCCAGAGACAACGACUAUCGAGCAGAUCCUUUCAGAAUCUUCGACGAAGAGCAACCAGAACGAGCCUUGCGAGCUCAGUUGCGAGGAGAUGCAAAUGAAAUGCACUACUUUGCAGACUGAAAAUAUCCUGCUACAAGCAGAGCUAGGGACAUUAAAGACCCAAGUAUCCGAGUUGAAAGAAAAAGAAAGCUACUUAAAAAGAAACUACAGCUCUUUUAACAUGGAUUCAAAGGUAAUCAACAUGGAAACUGGCCUCCCAAACAAAGAAAUGUUCCACAUUGUUGUCGAAUAUGCCGAAAGAUACCGCAACGAUAUUGUUUACGUGUGUGGCUGGAAAGUAGACAAGAUAUCUUUUGAAGAUCAAAUAUUGAUAACAUUGAUGAAGAUUAGACAUAAUUAUCAUAACUUACAUUUAGCUGAACUUUUUAGUUGCAGUACUGCUACAAUAGCGAAUAUUGUGACAACAUUUAUCCAUGUUUUGCACCAAAUUCUAUAUGAAGAUCAAAUGGAGAUAGCUGUUCCAUCCAGACAAAAAAACAAAACUUCACUUCCAGGCUCAUUUAGCUUAUUUGGAGACUGUCGUAUGGUAAUAGAUUGCACCGAUAUCGAGGUUGCUACACCUAAGCUUAUGAGUGACCAAAAAUUGACAUAUUCAACGUACAGGGGUAUGAAUUCUUUUAAGACAAUUGUUGGUGUGGCACCCAACGCGGUUAUAACUUAUGUAAGUAAACUUUUCCCUGGCUCAGUAUCAGAUAAAGUAACGGUUCAAAAGUCAGGAAUAUUAAAGCAUUUUGUUGCUGGGGAUAUUAUACUUGCGGAUAAAGGGUUUUUGAUAAAUGAUAUUGUUCCUAAUGGUGUAUAUGUGAACAUUCCCCCAUUCUUGAACAAUGGAAAAUUUACAGAAAGUGAAGUUAAGUUAACAAAGAGCAUUGCAAAAUGUCGUAUACACGUAGAACGUGCUAAUGCUAGAUUGAAGAACUAUAAAAUUUUAAAUUUUGUGCCACCAUACUUGCGAUCCCUCUCUGGUAAGAUUAUACAGCUAUGUGGUGCUUUAGUUAAUUUACAAAACCCAUUAAUUAAGGAAACCAAUGACACUGUUGACUUUGAUUAGUCAUUUUAAUUGAAAUAUUGAUCAUCUUACAUCAGUUUACUAAGGCCUGGUAUACAUUGGCAUUGUCUGAUCAUAGUUAAUCAAUUAACUGUAUUCUGAUACAAAGAGUGGACAGGUGUUGUGUGAUCUGUGAAAAGCUUGUAACCCUAUUUUACUUGCUCAUGAUACAAGGAAUCAUGAUACACAACUUAAUGACAAACUAUUUAUUUCUGAUCAGUAUUCCUGCCACCACACCCUUAUGCUAGUCUUAUUAUGAAUUCAGAUAACCAACUGUAUUCAAAUACGAUUACAAUGAAUCUAUCAUUUUCUUGUCUCAAGUAGCUAAUGUAAAAACCCCAGCAAAUGUUGCUGUUUAAAGAAAAACAAUUUUAAGAUUAACAUGAACAUUUUUAUUUUAUAUACACCCUUCAGUUACUGCAUAUUUGUUGUAAAAGUUGCAAUGAUUUUACCAAAUAAAACAAUAUUUUAAAAAAUAUUUCUAAAAGUAUGUAUUAUCAAAUCCAUUACUUUAUAAAAAACUACAUUAAUUUUACAACAAAGUCUUAAAAUUUAAAGACCACCAUCAACAAGUGCAGGAAUCAUGUGAAUUGUAUAAAAUUCUUGAAGUGAAAGAAGAUUUGGUUCCCAUGUGCAGUCUUUCUGGAUUGCCAACACAACAGUUUGCAUUGUUGUCCAAACCACAAAGUAACAGAUUUGCUUCCCAGUUAUAAACAGCUGACCCUGGACUUGAUGCCAGUAGUGGUGGGAUUGUUUUAAACAAUAGCCAGCAUCUCUCUUUACUAAACAGAACUUAGGGUCUUUAACAGCCUCCUCAAUUGUUGAAUUGCGAUGUGUGUAAGGGCAUUUGACUUCAAUGAUCGCAUUGUCAUCAACAAGUCCAUCUGGUGAUGCACCCAAAACACCAGACUUGUGUAGCCAAAGGCCACAAUCCUUUACUACUUUCAUUGUUAAUUUGGUGAAG